AUGAACGACAUCCUUCAAUCACGCUCGGAAGCAACCGCCCGUCUCUACGCGGACCCUCAUAACCCACAUCUUCACCUCGAACGAGGACUACUCCAUGAGCAAUUAGGAUUUGCGGAUUUAGCAUCCGCGGACGCGUACCGUGCUCUUUCACUGUUGGAGUCUGUUGUUGACCCCGAUGGAUGUGAGUUCCAUGCUCGACGGAAGAUAGAUACUCAAGCUCAGGCUGCAAAGGAGGGGGAGCAGGAAACUCAAGAUGACGAAGACGACGACGACUCAUAUGUCGCUACGACACAAGACGAGUAUGACGAAAUCAUUGGGACUGUAUAUGCUUUGCUCGUUCGGAGCUUGGUCAAUUGCCGGUGUUAUAGAGACGCAUUUGAAUUCUGCAUGCGUGGUUUGUCGUUGCUUGGAAGUAUGGAAAAGUGUGAUGGUAAAGCUGUGGAUACCCUCAAGGAGCAGCUGAGUGCAAUUCAGAAAGUAUACAUUUCUCAACGACCAGACUCUGUUAAGGACAAUGGAGCCGCGGAAGUGAACAUCAACCCCAGUGCUCUGAAUGCGCAGGGCUUCGCGCGGAGGGUCCUGUACCCCUGGAACGAGCACGAGCCGGACAGAAAGGCCCCCGAGACACUCAAGCUGCUCAAUGACAGACUGAAAGAUGUUGCGCCCAAAUGUGAAGUGCGGGCUGUUGCCCUGCCUGCUCUCCACGGCACCACUGACGAAGGAACCUCGUCAGAGGGCGAGGUCUCUAUCCAACUAGGCCUCUUCGCCAAAGAAGACAUCGCCCCCGGCGAGAUCAUCCUUCGCGAAAACUCCCUCCUCACAGCCACCAACAGACUCCAUGACGACCUGUGCGACGCCUGCAACGCCCCACUACCUGACCUGGCAUCCGAGAACCCCCCCGUCGCUUGCACAGACUGCGACGACACAAUCUUCUGCAGCCAAACAUGUCACGACCAAGCACAGGAAACUUACCACGGCGCCCUCUGCGGCCUGAUGGAGAAUCUCGAAUCCAUCGGUAAAGACAUCCCCGACCCUAAAGACAAAGCCGACUACCUGUACCUCCUCCUCCUGGGCCGGGCAGUUGCCAUGGCCGCAACGCAGGACGUGCAUCCUCUCGACCUCCCCGAGAUCAAGUACAUCUGGGGCGACUUCCACGACCUUGAAGACUCAUCCGCAGGCUCCGACGACCCCACCGCCACCCUGCCCUUCUCCUUCCACCUCAAUAUCCUCCAGCCCAUGCGCAUCCUCGAGGAAAUGGAACUAGAUCCUUACGAGGCCCUUUCCCGCUACGAUACCUGGGUGCUUAAUACACUCUAUGCUAAAUUCCGCGGCACCGCAUCUGGUCGUCUUUCUACCUGGGAUGGUGGUCCGGAGCUCUGUGCUGUGCAUCCGCUCUGGUGUCUUGCGAAUCACUGCUGUGAUCCGAAUGUGAGGUGGGAGUGGGGUGGUGAGAUUACCUUCCGGGCUAGGACGGAGUCUGAACGCCCUGUUUGGAAGAGGACUGGUACCGGGGAGGAGCAGACGCCGUCCAGGAACGAGGGGAUCAAGGCUGACCAGGAGAUCUUGAAUCAUUACUGUGAUAUUGGACUGAGUGUCAAGGAGAGAAGGGAAUGGGCUAGAGGCGCAUUGGGUGGGUUGUGUUUGUGCGAAAGGUGUUUGUGGGAGGCCGCCGAGUAG